AUGUGCAAGGAAUUCGAGCGGGUGAUGCAAGAGAAGUUCGAGAUGAGUGCUAUGGGAGAAAUGAAUUUCUUUUUGGGUUUGCAGGUUAAUCAGUCUGAGAAAGGGAUCUUCAUUCAUCAGACAAAGUACGUUGGGGAUAUCUUAAAGCGAUUUCAGAUGGAAGACUCGAAGCCUGCGGGAACUCCUCUGGUUCAAAAUCAUGGAAUUACUCCUGACGGAACCGGUGAACAUGUGGAACCUUCUCUCUAUCGUGCUAUGAUCGGAUCUCUCAUGUAUCUUACCGCUUCAAGGCCUGAUAUUAUGUAUCCAACAUGUCUUCUUGCUCGUUACCAGUCUAAUCCGAAGGUUUCUCAUAUGAUGGCUGUUAAGAGGAUUUUUCGUUAUCUGAAGGGUUGUCCAAACGCCGGUCUAUGGUAUCCUAAGGAUGAUAACUUUGAUUUGAUUGCAUUCAGUGACUCUGAUCAUGGCGGCUGCAAGAUUGAUGCAAAGUCAACAUCAGCGGGAUGUCAGUUCUUGGGGAAUCGCCUAGUCACGUGGCAGUGCAAAAAGCAGACUUGUGUAGCCACUUCAACAUGCGAGGCCGAAAUGGCACCAAAAACUCAGAAAAAGAAACCAGCAACUAAGAGAACUGACAAGUCGGAGGUGGAAAUUAUGUCAGAACCUCGCCACAACCAGGUUGCUUAUCUUGAUCCGGAAGACAAGCUGGAUGAAUACAAGGGCAUUACGAAGUGGAUACGGGAAUCAAGGAUCAACUUUGCCGUUACUCAUGAAACUACCGUUUACAAAUCGUUGAUAAAGGAUUUCUGGAAUUCAGCAGAAGUAGUUGAAAUGGAUGCAACGGAAACGAUAAGAGGACGUGUUAAUGAUCAAGACGUUGUUGUUUCUGUCGAGAUCCUUAACACGGUUUUGCAACUAAGAGAUGAUUCCGAAGCUUCGUUUUAG